AACACGAUACUUAAAAUUAAGCAAUGUUCCAACCGGAGUAUGAAAAACGACUGCUUCAGGGAUUGGGGAUACCGGGAGCCAGUGGGCGAGAGCACUCGGACUUACGCUGCAUUCCUUCACGCGCCAGGAAUAACUGGGAACGAAACUAUCAUUUGACGGCUGAUCCGAACCCGGUUAUUGCGGAACAGUUACACAAUUCCCCAUAUGCAUGUCUGCUGCGAAAUGAAUUGCUGGACUCUGAAGUUUCCUCAAUUGAUGAAUGCAAGCGCAGUAAAAACAUUCUUUUGGAUACGGGUGAUUUCACAGAAAAGGAAAACAUACGCGUUUUCGGAUAUGGAAAUUACACUCCACCGAAUAAGACCGCGCGUCACCCAUUCUCAAGGAUUAGCGAAGCCAGUCGUAGGCUACUUUGCAGUCCAACUAGUGCAGUCCGCCGGAUAACUCGACUGCCGUAUAAGGUUCUUGACGCCCCUGAGCUACAGGACGACUUUUAUUUAAACGCCCUGGAUUGGUCGUCGAAGGACAUACUCGGUGUUGGCCUUGGAUGUUCUCUUUAUCUUUGGAGUGCAGUAGACUCCCAGGUAACACGCCUUUGUGACCUUAGCGACGAAGACAAUUUGAUAACAGCUGUGAAAUGGCACAGCGGAGGAAAGGAGCUAGCUGUUGGCACAAAUCAUGGCUCCGUAGCCAUUUGGGAUGUCGACCGCGAGAAGCAGAUUUCUAGUCUAAGCGGACAUAUAUCCCGUGUUACCGCAUUGGACUGGCGAGGUAACAGCUUGGCGAGCGGCUCCCGUGAUCGCAGUAUUUUGCAGCGAGAUAUCCGCACCAAUACUAUCACCAGCUGCUUGCAGGGGCACAGUCAGGAGGUUUGUGGCUUGCAAUGGUCUCCGACUUGGGAGUAUCUGGCUAGUGGAGGUAAUGACAAUCGUUUGCUGAUAUGGACGGCUCAAAGUCCUGAACCACUUCAUAAGUUUACCGCUCAUAAUGCGGCCGUGAAGGCACUGGGCUGGUCUCCUCACAAGUCCGGACUCUUGGCUAGUGGCGGAGGUACCGCCGAUCGUUGCCUUCGCUUCUGGAACGUCAUUAGCGGUCAGAUGGUACAAUCUGUUGAUACCGGAUCACAGAUCAGUAAUUUGGCAUGGUCGCGAAAUUCAUCUGAACUUGUUACCACUCAUGGGUUCGGACAACCACAGAUUGUGGUAUGGCGCUAUCCAUCCCUGAAGCAAGUUGUUAACCUGUCGGGUCAUAACCGCCGUGUGAUAUACCUAGCUGUAAGCCCAGACGGCAAGUCCAUAGUAACGGGCGGCGGUGACGAGACUCUUCGCUUCUGGAAUGUAUUUACCGAACGAAAGCAGCCUCAGGCGCCACGAUCAGCACUUAACCUUUUCUCCAACAUACGAUAAAGUCCAAAAUUCUAAAAUAUCAAAAACUGUAUCGCAAAUUUUAAUGAAAUUCUUUAUCACUUUCAAUUUCCA